GCCCAGCCAAACCCAACUUUGCAGCUCGCGGGAGCUCCCGCGGCGGCGGGGGCGUGGGCAGGGGGAGCUAGCGGGUCAGGAGGAGGGGCCGGAGGGAGGGUCGCCCGCUCGCCAGCCCUCCUUCCUUUCUGUGCACCUUGCGGUAGGCAGAGCGCGGCGGUGGCGGCGGCAGCCGGGGGCUGUGCUCAGGGAGGCGGACCUAGGGACCGCAGACGGGCGGACAGACGGAGGGACCCUCCCCGAGCCCCGCACCAUGGCCGAGAGGAAGCAGUCCGGGAAGGCGGCAGAGGACGAAGAGGUCCCUGCCUUUUUUAAGAACCUGGGUUCAGGAAGCCCCAAGCCCCGGCAGAAAUUCUGUGGCAUGUUCUGCCCGGUGGAAGGGUCCUCGGAGAACAAGACCAUCGACUUCGACUCGCUGUCGGUGGGCAGGGGCUCGGGGCAGGUGGUGGCUCAGCAGCGGGACGUCGCCCACUUGGGCCCGGACCCGCAGCCGCCGUACUCCCGGCAGGGCCGGCGUGCCGGCGGGGAGCCAUCUGUUGAAUCGGGCCGGAAGGUGGCGAUCCGGCGGGCCUCGGGCAAGGAAGCCCUGCAGAACGUCUACGACCAGCUGUGGCCUGGUGUCCCACCCUUUUUCGAUGCAGCUCGGAGCGUGCGGUGGAGGCUUCGGGUAAAGGCUUGGGCUCCCCAGGGGUCGGGAGGGGCGGGCGGGGGCUCAGACCGCUGCUCCCGCCCGCGCCCAGCGCGCUCUCCACCGCACCGUCUCGCGCUCGCGUCCGGAGCUGGAGGCCAGGACCAUGGUCAGCGGCUCCCGCACCGCCUCGGAGAAUCUCGUCACCCUGAUUCCUGUUCGCAAAGUGAGAAGAACCAGGGAGGCGAUGGAGUCACCCGAGGAAACCCUGACGCUCCUAAAUAGCCCAUAUGCAGAGCAAAGUUCCGCUAAGUCUCUCAGCAAGGGCUUCCCAGAGCCUCCCCCACCCCCGCCCGCCCUAUUUAGGAGGCGCUUUGCAGAUAGGGACUAAGUAGAUUAUGUUCAAAGGGUGAAAAGAAAAGGGAAACACCUUCACAUUUUGAAUAGAUUGUCAAAGAUGGACUCGACCCCCUAUACUGUGUUAAUGGGGAAACAAAGAGAACCAAUAUAGUAAACCUUGAUUUAGAAAAUGUUUGUCACCUCUGGCAAAAAUGAACAGUUUGUAUUUUAAGUGAAGUCAUCUUCUCACACCAGUUUUUUUUUAUCAGUGUGACCCUCAUACUUGUGCAGCCCCCCCCCCCCACAUACACACAAACCGUAAUUUCUCAACUGAUGAAUUACAGUGUGAAAUGUUUUAACACUUGUUUGCUGUUUCUCUCCCAGGCCCAUUGGUGAAGACGAGAAAUGAGUCAAUGAUUGAUUAUUUAUUGAAUAUCUAUUAUGUACCUUGCCUUGUGGGGCUGGGGGAAGGUUAGCUAUAUAAAAAGUUCAAGGCAAUUUUUUUUCCUAAGGGCUUCUAAGUAGUUGGGGGUGGUCUCUACAUAUUCACUGAGUGAUUCCACAGUCAUUUCUUUGGCUCAACAUUCAGGGUGUGUGCUGACAAUGAACACAUCAGAAAACAAUUAACAGUUGGUGAUAAUGGCCCAAAUAUGUUACUGUUUCCUGAUGUAGCAUGGAGUGUGGCAGCCCUUCACUUUUAUUAUAGUCUGAGUGUAUAAUGUUGCAUUUGAAAUUCUACAACUAUAUUGAAUUUUUUACAAUUUAGUAAAACAACAUGUACCCAACUUUAAUGAGUACUUUCACAUUUAAAUACUGUCAAAGUUAGAGAAUGUUAUUUAAAUUAUUAUCUGCUCCUUUAAAUUUUUUUUUAGGUCUUCACUUUUAUAGGGCCAAUUCUAGAAAAGAGAAACCAUUUGCUGUCAUUUUAAAAAGAUAGGGCAACUAAUUACUUAAUUGAUUCCUCUUUCCACAGCCCUGUCCUCUGAUCUACUCCUAUAGGGGAGUACUUGAUAUCCUUAUUUCACUGUGAGUCAACCAGAAGAACUUAAUCCAAAAAACUCACUUUUUACCAAGUCAUUACACAAACUUUGACAAUUGAAGUAAAGUUUUUCUUAAAAAAAAAGAUAUUGAUUUUGUGUGUGUGUCUGAGAGAGAGAGAGAGAGAAACAUCAAUAGGAGC